AAAUAAUAAAAAAAAAGUUUUAUUAAUGUAACUAAUGAACAAUACAAGAAGCUCUCUUUUCGUUUGGACUCUGGAGCCAUAAUAGUCAGUAGCAACGUGAUUGUGUUUUUUGAAUUGGAGAAGAAGAGGACGGAGCGUUGGAUAUGGCGUACCUAAGUAUGGGAGAGGCACACCGAAGAAUCACGGAUUACCUUAACCGCUUCUUCGAUGCCGUAUCUUCCCAAGACGGAGCUUCCCUCAGUCUCCUCCUCUCCCUCUCCUCAAACUCUCCUUCCCUUCUCUCUCUCGCCGAUGCCCUCAACCUCUUCCAGGAUACUAGUAGAGUGAUCAAACAGUCCGAUAAAUACUCUCAAUACACAGAAAUUUUCAUCCAUCUUUUUCGAUCACUGCAAACUUACCGACUUGGAAACCUUGCCGAUGCCUACCAAGCCUUCGAGAAAUCUGCCAAUGCUUUCAUCCAGGAGUUUCGAAAUUGGGAAUCGGCAUCGGCUUGGGCUUUGGAAGCCUUGUAUGUGGUUGCUUAUGAAAUUAGGGUUCUUGCAGAGAGAGUUGACAGGGAACUGGCUUCGAAUGGAAAAUCCCCGGAGAAGUUAAAGGCUGCCGGUUCGUUUCUGAUGAAAAUGUUUGGGGUCUUAGCUGGAAAAGGCCCAAAGCGAGUUGGAGCACUAUAUGUGACUUGCCAGUUGUUCAAAAUUUACUUUAAGCUUGGUACAGUUCACCUUUGCCGCAGUGUAAUAAGAAGCAUUGAAACUGCUCGAAUAUUUGAUUUUGAGGAAUUUCCUAAAAGAGACAAGGUUACCUACAUGUAUUAUACAGGUCGGCUGGAAGUGUUUAAUGAAAAUUUCCCGGCUGCUGAUCAUAAAUUGUCAUAUGCCUUGAUGCAUUGCAGUCCUCACCGUGAAGCAAAUAUAAGGAUGAUACUAAAAUAUCUGAUACCUGUGAAGCUUUCCAUGGGUAUCUUACCUAAAGAUUGGCUGCUCGAGAAGUACAACCUAGUUGAGUACAGGGAUGUUGUGCAAGCUCUAAAAAGGGGAGAUCUCAGACUUCUUCGCCAUGCUCUCCAGGAGCAUGAAGACCGUUUCUUAAGAUCAGGUGUAUAUCUUGUCCUAGAAAAGUUAGAACUCCAAGUUUACCAAAGACUGGUGAAGAAAAUUUACAUUAUCCAAAAGCAAAAGGAUCCAAACAAAGCUCACCAGGUGAAGUUGGAAGUGAUUGUUAAAGCAUUGAAGUGGCUUGAAAUGGACAUGGAUGUGGAUGAGGUGGAGUGUAUAAUGGCCAUACUAAUAUACAAGAAUCUUGUGAAAGGGUAUUUUGCUCACAAGAGCAAAGUGGUAGUUUUAAGCAAGCAAGAUCCUUUCCCUAAAUUGAAUGGAAAGCCUGUUGAUUCGUAGUGUUUGAGCAAAGGUUAUUUUAUUUUAUGCUUAAAAGAUUUUCUAUCCUGAGGGCAAUAGGCCUGGCAUGAGUUCCAUUUGUUUACCCUUAUGGAUUCUGUUGUAUUUUAUGUAGAAAAGUUGGUUUAUUGUGACUGGCUUGGGCAAGAAAGGACAAUUCAGCAUUACAUUGUGCUGAUUACCAAAUUAUUUUCUUACUAUGACUAAUGAAGUUAUUGAAGAAACUCAC